AUGGGUGCAGAGAGAGUAGAAAUAUAUGAUGAAGAUUAUUAUAACAUUAGUAGUAGUAGUGGAAGUGAUCAAAUUCAAGUCAAGAGUUGUGUCAAAACAUCUUUUGACUUGAAUGAAGAAGCAACUGAUGAUGAUUAUGAGACAACAGACAUCAAUGACAAGAACUCCAAUGAGUUAUCUUCUGAAGGCAAUUCAAGUAGUAAUACUAAAGAGAGAACGACGACGGCGGUGAGGCCAUAUGUUAGGUCAAAAUUGCCUAGGCUUCGAUGGACUCGUGAUCUCCAUCUAACUUUUGUGCGUGCCAUUGAAAAGCUCGGAGGACAAGAAAGAGCAACUCCCAAGUUGGUUCUUCAGUCGAUGAAUGUGAAAGGGCUUAGCAUUGCUCAUAUAAAGAGUCACCUGCAGACGUAUCGGGGUAAGAAGCUUGAUGAAUCUGGCAAAGGUAACAUAUAUCUAAAUCUCGACAUUGAAUCUAUGUAUGCUUUUAUGCUUGCAUAUAUGUCUCUACUCAUAUAA